AUGUUGGCAGUACUGGCCGCGGUGUGCCAGUGGGUGGGCGCUGUGUCGCUGGCGUCGCUGCUGGUCUGGUUGGUUGGCACCGCCCUGGAGAAGCUGAGGCCGCUGCGGCUCCUGGACAACCUGCCGUCGCGCGCCGUCCUCAUCACAGGAUGCGACUCUGGCUUCGGGCACGAACUGGCGCGCCAUCUGGACGGGCUGGGGGUGCCGGUGUUCGCGGGCUGCCUGUUCCCUGACGGUCCCGGUGCGCGCAGACUCGCCGCAGACUGCUCCUCCAGGUUGCGCGUGCUGCCGCUAGAUGUCACCUCAGACCAGCAGGUGGCCGAUGCCGUCGUCUCCGUCCAAACAGUACUUUCGCACGCGUCAGGCACAGAGCUGUGGGCGGUGGUAAACAACGCAGGAAUCGCAGACCUCGGUGAAGUGGACAUCACGCCGCUGGAGAAAUUCCAGCAGGUAUUGGACGUAAACACGAUGGGCGCCAUAAGGGUCUCCAAGGCGUUCCUGCCGCUCCUCAAGAAGUCUAAGGGCCGCCUCGUCAACGUCGCCAGCCCUAUAGGUAAGUAA